AUGGCCUUGCCCAGUAGACCGGGGUGGGUGACUGCUGUGCUGCUGAAGCAGGCAGUGCUGAGUGGGGGCUUCUUGUUGCAGGUGCCGGUGACGUCUGAGGACGGCAGGGUCUGUAUCUCCCCGGAGGAGUGGGCGGCGUUAGCGGAAUGGCAGAGGGAGCUGUACUGGGCCGUGAGGAGGGAGAACUACAAGCUGGUCACCUCGCUGGGCGGAAGCAGCUCCACGCGGAAGAGCGAUCAGUCUGGACCCCUGGUGGAGCGCAGGUUCAGGUGUUGCCUGUUGCAGGCUCUGAGAGCCCCAUCCCCCACACAAGGCAGCCACCCGGCUCUCAAACCUGAUCUCUUGUUCCGGAUUGAACGAGGGGAACAACCAGGUGUGGGGGUUCAGCUGAUCUCUGGUGGCUUAGAGCGUCCACCAGAUCCCUGCGCAGGCUACGGAUUUUUCAAGCCCGAUGGUUUCUUCCGGAUUGAGCAAUGGGAGGAGCGAUACAUCGAGGCUCAGCAGAAAGUGGAGGAGAGCAAGAUCCUGGGAAGUGCCUGCGUAGCAGAGCACGGGGGUGUGAACGCAGUCGAGCAAGAAGAGAACGCGGAGAGCUUUGCUGCAGACUUAGAGCUGUCCCCCGUGGUCUGUGACAGUUCCGACGGCUCGUUUCACAGUCGGCAGCUGGGAUCCAAGAGGCAGCAGAGAAACCAGACAAGGAUCAAGAUGGAAGAAUCAGCCGGCUUCAGCAAGUGUUCAGACGCCGUCGUACGUCAGCUAGGGGCUGGGCCUUUCCAGUGUGCCGAGUGCGGGAAACGCUUCCGCCAGAAGCAGAGCCUCAUCACGCACGAGAGGAUCCACACGGGAGAGAAGCCCUACAGGUGUCCAGACUGCGGGAAGAGCUUCAGCCAGAAGCCCAACCUCCUGACUCACCGGCGGAUCCACACCGGGGAGCGCCCCUUCUCCUGCCCGCAGUGUGGGAAGAGCUUCAGCCAGAAGGCCAAUCUCAUUGCCCACCAGAGAACCCACGAGGAAAAGCGGCCGUUCGUAUGCCCCGAGUGCGGGAAGAGCUUCACGCAGAAACCCAACUUGGUGACUCACUACCGGACCCACACGGGCGAGCGGCCCUUCAGCUGUGCCCAGUGCGGGAAGAGCUUCAACCAGAAGACCAACCUGGUGACUCACUACCGGACCCACACCGGGGAGCGGCCCUACGCCUGCCCCCAGUGCGGGAAGCGCUUCACCCAGAAGACCAACCUGGUGACUCACCAGAGCACCCACACGGAUGCGCGCCCCUAUCCGUGCGGGGAGUGCCAGAAGUGCUUCAAGGACAAGGUGUCCCUGAAAGCACACCAGAGAACCCACAGCCUGAGCCAGCCCAGACCCUGUGGGACUGCAGAGCCAAUCCCACUCCACAGUCCCCCCGCCGUGCCGCUGCAGCCCACAGGUGCUGAGCAGGAGAGCCAGCGCGACCCCACUCAGCCAGUGCCGGCCCAGAAGAUCCCCGGAAGCCAGGCACUGUGCACGUGCACUGACUGUGGUAGCAGCUUCCCCCAGAAACCGCAUAUCCCACUGCCCCAGCAAACCCCCUCAGCAGAGCAGCCCUUCCUGUGCGUGCAGUGUGGGGAAAGCUGCCCACAGGCGGCUCUUCUGAAGCACCAGCCCGGCCAGGCCAGGGAGAGGCCCUGCGAGAGCGCCCAGUAUGGGAGAGGCCUCAGCCUGAACCAACAUCUCCUCAGACACCUGGAACCCUGCCUGGGCCCUGGCGACGCGGCGCACGCGGCCCCCGGGGCAGAGCGGCCCUUCAUCUGUAACCAGUGCGGGAGCAGCUUUAGCUUUUGGCCGGCUCUCGUUGCCCAUCAGGGCAGCCACGCAGGAUGGCAGCCGUAUCAGCUUCCGGAACGCGGGAAAGGCCUCAGGCCCCGGCUGUCCCUGCCAGCCCAGCAGGAUGCGCAGGUGGGGGAGACAGCCUGGACGUGCCCCGAGUGCAGGCGGAGCUUCAGCCAGCACAGCCAGCUGGCAAAGCACCGGGAAAGCCACUGGGGCGACAGGCCCCAUCGGUGUGAUGUGUGCGGGAAGAGCUUCGGCUUGAAAGCCAACCUGAUGACGCACCAGCGGCUCCACACGGGCGAGCGGCCCUUCGCCUGCAGCCAGUGCGGGCGGCGCUUCAACCAGAAGGGGAACUUGGUGACUCACUACCGGAUCCACACGGGCGAGCGGCCUUUCGCCUGCCCCCAGUGCGGCAAGAGCUUCAGCCAGAAACCCAACCUCCUGGCCCACCAGAGAACCCAUGUGGGGCGGCGGCCCUUCGCCUGUGCCCAGUGCCCCAAGCGCUUCAAGGGCAAGAUGUCCCUGAAGAUCCACCAGCGUGUCCACCGAGUGCCCGGUGGGGAGCGGCCGUACGCCUGCCCGGAGUGUGGGAAAUGCUUCCGGCAGAAGGUCACGCUGGUCACGCACCUCCGGACCCACACCGGGGAGCGGCCGUUCCAGUGCACCCAGUGCGGGAGGAGCUUCAGCCAGAAGCCCAACCUCCUCACGCACCAGCGGACUCACACCGGCGAGCGGCCCUUCGCCUGCACCGUGUGCGGGAAGGGCUUCAGCUGGAAGCCCAACCUGGUGACCCAUUACCGCACCCACACCGGGGAGCGGCCCUACAGCUGUGGCGACUGCGGGAAGACCUUCAGCCAGAAGCCCAAUCUCCUCACUCACCGCAGAACCCACUCCCAGCAGAGACCAUACGCUUCCCCCAGCACCACGCAAGCUUCCCCCACGGGGACACCUUCACCCUGCGCCGCGGUGGGGACUGGCCCCACAUGUGCUUGGCCUGCAGAGGGCGCCUCAGCCACCACGUCCCCCACGGCAGGGAGCUCCUGA